AUGGACUCCAUAGACAAGAAAGUUCAUGAGAAGUUAGAUGAAGAAGAACUCGAAGAUACAGUAGAGAAUGCAAAACAUUUGUUCGAACAAGAAGUUAGAAAAAUGUGCGAAAAACAAUUAGAACAUGAACGUGAGAUAUUUUAUGGUUAUAGAGAUUCUCCAUACGAACUAGACCAAUGGGAACAAGAAGAUUUAAAGAGAGAAUUUAGAGAAUAUGAACUCGCUAAGAUAGCAUUAGAAACUGCAGAAAAGAAGUUAAAAGUUUGGGGUUGUUUUGUACAAAAAUAUUGUGAGUAA